GGGGGGGGCAAAAGUGAAGAGCAAGAAUGAGAGAGAUACGUAAAUCUAACGCGUGCCCCCUCCCUCCACGCAGCUCGCCGAUGCCGAUGCCGAUGCAAAAAAAGGAAGGAACGAACGAACGAACGAAAAAGAGCGGAAAAAGAAUCGAGCCCAACUCCACUAUCCGGGUACGAUACAUAGAGCACCCACUCGAUCGUUAGACGGACGACCACAACCAUCCACCGCAUCCGCCGCAUCCAUCCCAUCCCACCCGGCCAGCCAUAACUAUCGAUAGCACAGCAUAGCACAGCACAGGUCCGAUCAUAUCACAUACGUCAACCUCCCAUCCUCCCAUCCCAUCACCCGCACAGCAGCAGCAGCACUCCUCCUCCAACCCCCCCUCUCCCUCGAGCCCAACACCUAAACAAUGGCGGACUUCACGCAAAACACCUCUUCCGGCUCGAGCUCCAGCUCCAGCAGCACCUCCACCACCUCCUCCAGCAGCUCCGACAGCAUGUCCGACAGCAUGUCAAUGACCAUGUCCAUGACGUUCAUCACCUCGACCACGACGCCAUUAUUCAGCACCUCGUGGACGCCGCGCACACUGGGGCAGUACGUUGGCGCGUGCAUAUUCCUGAUUGUCCUCGCCUUCGUGUUCCGCUUCGUGCUGGCGUGGAAAGCGGUGCUUGAGCACCGGUGGGCAAGGAGGGAGGUGGACAGGAAGCCUGUCGUCGUGCUAGGGGACGGGGACGCGGGCGGGAGCGAGGAUGAGCUGCCGAAAGAGGCGGGCGAGGGCGAGGGGGGCUGGGCGGGAAGGCCCUGGAGGUUUGGUACGGAGCUGCCGAGAGCGGCGAUGGCGGUCCUGAGCACGGGGUUGGGGUAUCUCCUCAUGUUGGCGGUGAUGACGAUGAAUGUGGGAUACUUCAUGAGUGUGCUUGCCGGCGUGUUUGUCGGAGAGCUGGCUUGGGGGAGGUUCAUGACUGGCUCGAGUCACUGA